GACAAGGUGAUUCAGUGACGCGGGAUUUCUUUCCGAAGAACAGGUGCUGACAUAUUGUCCGAUUAACAACCGCACGUCGCAGUAACAUAACAGUCUUGUUUCUGAUAGAACAAGGCAGAAGGACCUAUUAUCAGAAAGGGAAUUCCCGGGAGGGAAAAAUAAGGACAAUGGGGAAAAACAACACCAAGCUAGCCCCGGAGGUCCUGGACGAUCUGACCAAAAGCACGGAGUUCAACGAGGCCGAACUGAAGCAGUGGUACAAGGGCUUCCUGAAGGACUGUCCAAGUGGCAUUCUCAACCUGGAGGAGUUCCAGCAGCUCUAUGUCAAGUUUUUCCCGUAUGGCGACGCCUCCAAGUUUGCGCAGCAUGCCUUCCGCACGUUCGACAAGAACGGCGACGGCACCAUCGACUUCCGGGAGUUCAUCUGCGCCCUGUCUAUCACCUCACGGGGCAGCUUCGAGCAGAAGCUCAACUGGGCCUUCAACAUGUACGACCUGGACGGAGACGGAAGGAUCACACGCAUGGAGAUGCUGGAAAUCAUUGAGGCGAUCUACAAGAUGGUCGGCACGGUGAUCAUGAUGCGCAUGAAUGAGGAUGGCCUGACCCCUCAGCAGAGAGUGGACAAGAUCUUCAGUAAGAUGGACAAGGACCACAACGAUGAGAUCACGCUGGAGGAGUUCAAGGAGGCGGCCAAGAGCGACCCCUCCAUCGUCCUGCUACUUCAGUGCGACAUGCAGAAGUAG